UUUCGCGCAGGUAGUCUGGAAGCAAUUUGCUCUUAUCGUAUUUAAGAAUGAUUUGACUUAUGUAAUAAAUAUAAUAUAAGAUCAAAAAAUCACAUGAAUGUAUGUUGAUAAAUUCUUUUAACGCUACAUAUUAUCUUUGGAUUGAAAAUUGCCUAGUCAGCCACGUCAUCUACGAUUAAAUUCAUUGCGAGCGAUUGUCGACUACGAUCUAUGUCAUUAGUUUUCGUAAUACCUCUAGUUAGUCAUCUGCAACACGUUUGCUAACAUUCUUUACGAUUUUGUUACAUACUAUGUUAUCACAAAAUAUAUUAGUUCGGACUGGAAAUAUACUUUCUUUAAAUGAGGCAAAAACAAAAGCAAGUCAAAAUCCUACAGAUGAGUUGAUUGAAAUACUAAAAAUUGUACUUCGAGACAAUGAAGGCACUGGCGAAAAUCCAGUAAUUAUUCAAGGUAUAGAAGAUAAUGCAUUGAAAGACAUUAAUAGAGAAGAUGUUAAGAUAACUGUGAAAGUAUUUAUUCCAUCACCUGAUGUAAACUUACUGAAAGAAGCUAUAGAUCAAGUCUGUAAUUCUCUAAACAUAAAUGCAAUUGAGUCUUUAGUAAUUGCUUAUUUAAGCAAGGAAAAUCCAGAAGAAUUAUUAGCAUCAUUGAAACAUCUGUGGAUUGGAGUAGAAGAGUAUGUGAAAAUUGGCAAAUUAUCAAGUGUUGGUUUAAGUGAUGUCAACACAAAUGUGUUUAUUGACUUAUUUCAAUGGGCAAAUAUAAAACCAAAUAUUGUACAAAUUAGUUUAGCUACAUGUUGUGUUGUACCACCAGCUUUGCAGACAUUCAGUAAAGAAAAUGAUAUACAGUUAUUAACACAUAAUGAUCCUGAACAAAUUCUAUCUGAAGAAGAUCUAAAUGGAAUAUUCAAUGCUAAUACAAAUUUAUAUUGGGUUACAAGAUACCAAAUUCAUUUAAAAUGUCGUGGUAUUUUGUCUUCAAAGGGUUAUUUAGUAUACGUUAGCAAAAAAACAAAGUAAUAUUAUAUUUUUAGCAAUAUAAAAAAAUGCCCAUCAAUAGUAUUUACAAUUGCAAUUUGUAUUUACAAUUGGUAUUACAAUUUUAUUUUAUUAUACACAUAUUAUACACAUUCGUUUGUGUCUAAUUCGUUAUUGUAUUUCUAGAGAGAUAUUUUGUUAUUUUGUAUACAAUAAUUAUUGAAAUUAUUAAUUUUAAUUAACAAUAAGUUGAUGUUCCUUGUGACAUAGAUUUUCUAUGCACAUUUAUGGAAAUAAACAUCUAUGUUACAGUUAGAGCAA